AUGGCGUUCUCCUUCGGCGCCCCAGCUUCUAGCGGGGCCUCCAGCGGCAGUCUUUUCGGCACGUCGGGCAACGCCUUCGGUUCCAACAACCAGAGUAGCUCGAACACUGGUGGUGGUGGUGGUGGUGGUGGUGGUCUUUUCGGAAAUGUAGGAGCUUCUUCCACCAGUGGAAGCGCUUCUCCUUCGCUGUUCGGCACAGCUGCUUCUGGCAGACAGAGCCCUUCUCUCUUUGGUAGUGCUGGUGGCGCUUCUACCACGACUUCCGGAGGAGGCUCUGGCUUCUCCUUUGGUGCCCAGUCUCAAAACACAUCUGGCAGCCAGAGCGGCAGCGGCGGCGGCUUGACGUUUGGCGCCAACGUCCAGACCCCAAAGCCCCAAGGCACUCUUUUCGGCAGCGGCGCCUCAUCAGCUACCCCAUCGUCAGCUACUCCCGGCCAGGCCGCCGGUUCUCUGUUUGGUAACACCUCAACCACACCCGCUGGUCUCCCGCCAGCAUCAAAGCCACCUUCCCUCUUUGGAGGACAGAAUGCCGGCUCUUCCAAUACUUCGUCGUCUACCGCUGCUCCCUCUUCUACUACACCAACCACCUCGCAACCACAGGCCUCCGGCGGCUUUUUCGGGACCGGUGCUACUCCCGCGGCCUCAGGUGGCCUUUUUAGCACUGCCAAUAAGCCGGCCGAGUCCAGCACCCCGAGCGCAACCGCAGCCCCAGCUUCCAAGCCACUAUUCGGUGCUGGAGCUGCUGCUCCCGCUGCAGGCGGUGCGCAAGCAUCCUCCCUCUUCAAGGCGCCUUCUGUCGGCGGCGACGCAGCUACUAAGCCUACAUUCUCCCUCGGUGGGCCUUCUUCUGCGUCCUCCGCAACCACAGUCGCAUCCCAGCCUUCCUUAGGAACUCCCACUACGUCCACUGCUGCUCCUCAAAAGUCCCUCUUCCCCUCCCUCGGGGGCGCCACAUCCUCCGCCGCUCCGUCGUCCACGGCAGCGCCCGCGCCCGGUGGAAGCUCAUUGUUCCCUAACUUGGGUGGUGCCAAAUCUACCGCGGCAGCUACUCCGGGGACUGCGGCCACUACUGCCACGCCUACCACCACACCUGCUGCAGCAGGCAGCCUGUUCUCCCAGCCGGCUAGUGCUACACCGUCCACUCAACCUGCUGCUACCACUUCCACCGCAACUGCACCGGCUAUGGGUGCAACCGCUGGUGCCGCAGCCGGCACUGGUGCCUCUGCGCUUGGCCAGUCAACCACUGGCCCUGCUCCCCCAGCUCAGUCCCGCCUGAAGAAUAAGACCAUGGAUGAGAUCAUCACUCGGUGGGCAACGGAUCUAACCAAGUACCAGAAGGACUUCCGCGAGCAGGCUGAGAAGGUUGCUGAAUGGGAUCGUAUGCUGGUGGAGAAUGGUAACAAGGUUCAGAAGCUGUAUGGUAAUACAGUCGACGCCGAGCGUGCUACCCAGGAGGUUGAGCGCCAGUUGGCAUCGGUGGAGGGUCAACAAGAAGAGCUGAGCUCGUGGCUCGAUCGGUACGAACGGGAAGUCGAUGAGAUGGUAUCUAAGCAGGGGACCCAUGGCGAGCAGGGGCCUGACCAGGAACGUGAGAAAACAUACAAACUGGCCGAGAAGCUCUCAGAGCGGCUGGACGAGAUGGGCAAGGAUCUCACCAGCAUGAUCGAGGAAGUCAACGGCGCCUCUGCAACCAUCAGCAAGACAAACCGGGCAGACGAGCCGAUCUCUCAAAUCGUCCGCAUCCUCAACUCGCACCUGUCUCAGCUGCAGGUUAUCGACCAAGGCACCUCCGAGCUACAGGCCAAGGUUGCUGCCGCCCAAAAGGCCGGUCAGUCAAUCUCCUCGCGCCUUGGAUACGGCUAUGCCAACCCUGGUAUGGGUGGCGGCAAUGCUGCCGAUGAUUUCUACCGCUCUUACAUGGGCAGACGGUAG